AUGAACCAACCGACGACCAUAGAGUUAUUGAUGCAGCACAUCAACGAGCACAUUCGAGUAGAGGAUGAUUCUACCUCAGCAACCACGAAGGUGAAUCCAUUGGCAGCAGACAAAAAAGUGGCUAGAAAGGUUCACGCGGUUGGACAGGACACAAACCGUCCGAGUGACCUCGCAAUAGAGUCAAACCACAGUACAGAUCACAACAACCGGGGUAAAGGUCGCUGCUCCGAUCGAGAUGAUUAUCCUCGUGAUGCCGCGGCAGACAUAAAGAGAAGGCACGGAGCCGGGCUGGGAGUAGUUCUGAUCUCCCCGGACGGGCUGACCAUUGAACAUUCUAUCACGCUAGGAUUUUCGACAUCAAACAACGAGGCUGAGUACGAAACGUUCCUAGCUAGUCUGAAGAGCGCACUCCACAUACAAGCAUCUGAGCUGAUGGUCUAUAGUGACUCUCAACUCGUUGUAAACCAAGUAUCUGGGAAAUAUGAAGCCAAAGAUGAUAGAAUGGCCAACUACCAAAUGUUGGUCAGAGAUCAAAUCAAUAAGUUCCAAGCCAUAAGAGUCCAACAAAUCAGUCGAGAAGAUAAUGGUCUUGCAGAUGAGAUGGUCGGUUUCGCUUCAAUGGUCGACAAAUCAACCCCCAGCCCUCCUAAUUGA